UCGAUUAUUGUAGUUAGGUACAGAAAUAUGAAGAUCUACACAGGGAAGUUGGUCUUUUUGUUGGCUAUGAUCCUCUUUGAAGUAUGCUCGGUCAGAUCUGAUCGUGUUCCGUAUGACUACUCGGCAAAUAUGGAGUGCGUGAAGGAGCCGGAGAAGCCUCUGUACGGCGGCGGCAUCCUGAAGGACCUGAAGGACACCGAGGCCGCCAAGGGGUACGCCGGCGGCAAGAAGCUUCUGUCGGAGAAGUGCAAGAGCGCUCCGGUGAAGGGCUCCGUCCUCAAAGUGGAGCUCAAGAAGGACCACCACUACGCCUUGUCCGCAUGGCUGAAGCUCUCCAAGGGGGCCGGCGACGUAAGGGCCGUCCUGGUGACACCCGACGGCAAGUUCAACACCGCCGGCGUAAUCGUGACGCAGAGCGACUGCUGGACCAUGCUCAAGGGCGGCGCCACCUCCUACGACGCCGGCAAGGGUGACAUCUUCUUCGAGACCAACGUGACCGCGGAGGUGAUGGCGGAAGGCAUGGCGCUGCAGCCCUUCAGCUUCGACGAGUGGAAGGACCAUCGCACGGAGUCCAUCAAGAAGGAGAGGAUGAAGAAGGUGAAGAUCACGGUGGAGGGCGCGGACGGGAAGGCGUUGGCGGACGCGGAGGUGAAGCUGGAGCGGGUGGCUAAGGGGUUCCCGCUGGGGAACGCGAUGACGAAGGAGAUCCUGGACAUGCCGGAGUACGAGAGGUGGUUCACGUCGCGGUUCCAGUACGCGACGCUGGAGAACGAGAUGAAGUGGUACAGCACGGAGUUCCACCAGAACAAGGAGGACUACCGGGUGGCGGACAAGAUGGUGGAGCUCGCCGAGAAGCACAACAUCUCGCUGCGGGGGCACAACGUGUUCUGGGACGACCAGACGGAGCAGAUGGAGUGGGUGAGCAAGCUGAGCGUGCCGCAGCUCAAGGAGGCCAUGGCGAAGCGGCUCAAGAACGUGGUCACCCGCUACGCCGGCAAGGUCAUCCACUGGGACGUCGUCAACGAGAACCUCCACUUCAGCUUCUUCGAGGGCAAGCUCGGCAAGGACGCGUCGGCGGAGAUCUUCAAGGACGUGGCCAAGCUCGACGACAAGCCCAUCCUCUUCAUGAACGAGUUCAACACCAUCGAGCAGCCCAACGACCCGGCGCCGCUGCCGACGAAGUACCUGGCCAAGCUCAACAAGAUCCGUGAGUACCCCGGCAAUGGCGGCCUCAAGUACGGCAUCGGCCUCGAGAGCCACUUCUCCACGCCCAACAUCCCCUACAUGCGUGGUUCGCUCGACACGCUGGCACAGGCCAAGGUGCCCAUCUGGCUCACCGAGGUGGACGUCGCCAAGUGCCCCAAGCAGGUGGAGCACCUGGAGGAGGUGAUGCGCGAGGGCUUCGCGCACCCGGCCGUCAAGGGCAUCGUGCUCUGGGGGGCGUGGCACGCCAAGGGUUGCUACGUCAUGUGCCUCACCGACAACAACUUCAAGAACCUCCCCGUCGGCGACGCCAUCGACAAGCUCCUCCACGAAUGGAAGGCCGGCCACUCCGGCAAGACCGACUCCAAGGGCGUCCUCGAGGCGGAGCUCUUCCACGGCGAGUACAACGUCACCGUCAAGCAUAACAAGCUCAAGGACCACUGCGUGCAGACCGUCGACCUCGACUCCAAGGCAGAGGCCAAAAUCAAGGCCGCCUAGACUUGCUGCCCACUGAUCCAGCGGUUGGUCCCUUUUGUUAGACUAUCCUUAAUUUUUUGGUCUUGACUUCCUUUCAGAUUUUAUACAAGAAUUUACCGUUGUAGUAGCUUUUUCGGGGUAUUCCUUUGGAUACGUAGAUACAUGGUUUCCAUUUAAUUUGUAAAGAUUUGUGACGAUAGAACCAGCACAGAGCAUAGUUCUCCUAACAAUUCUUCUUGUCUACCAUCCUUUCAUAAGGGGAAAAAUAACGCUACU